AUGGGUAUCAAUUGCAUUAAAAACAAAGAAAAUCAGUUAUUAAAAUUAAAAGGAGGAUAUCCACUAAUUACACCCUAGAAAUAGCAUUCUCUUGAGUAAUUUACAUACGAUAUGAAACUUAAUUUGGAUUCUUUUGAAGAUGAAUUUUUUUAAAAGGAUUACUAAAUCAAUCAUUAAGUUAAUUAUAAUAGCUAAAGCAUUCAACCAAAAGAUUCAAUUGAUUUCGUAAUAGAAGAACCUGCAUUUCAGAAUUAAAAUAGAAAUAAUUAUUAAGUCUUAAGAAAUAAUUCAGCACCUGUAAAUAAAAUGAAAAAACGUCCAUAUGUUAGUAUGAAUAGCAGUAAAUAUAUUAUUUAUGAAAUUCCUAAACAUACUAAUUAAAAGAAAAUAAAAUCUAAUAGCAGAUCACCCCCAAAAAAUUAAUAACCUCCAUCCUUUCAAAAAGUUGAAGGCCACAAACCAAGAAAAUCAAAUCAAAAUUUAUUAAAUAAGGCUUAAAAGCUUUCAUUUACAAAAGUUAAAUCAGAUUAAAGAAUUUAAUUAUGGAGAAAUAAGAGAGAUAACUCUUACAAAAUUUAUGGUUCUGCACAAAUUAUAUUCUGA